AUGUCCAUCCUGACCCCGGGGUCGGUGGCCAACCUGAAGGCUAGCGACGCCUUUUCCGAGGCCGUGACGCUCAAGGUCCAACAGCUGCAGGAGGGAGUGAACGGCAAGUACAAGUGCCAGUUCUCCGAUGGCAAGGAGAACAUCUCCGGCAUACUCACCUCCCAGGUCGGAAAGCGGCAUGGCGCACAGCUGAAGGAGGAUGAUGUGGUGUGCAUCACGGAAGCCAACAUCAGCUCCAUCGAGGACAGCAAGGUGCUGAUUGUUGCCGGCAUGGACCUGGUGGGUGACCGGGAGCCAUCCUCACCGGCCCCUGCUGCACCCAAGGCCGAGGCCAUCAAGCCCGAGGCUGCCACCCCCGCCCCGCUCAGCCGCCCAGCCGCAAGCCCCUACGGCGCCCCAGCCUCCGCCACGCCCAUCAACCACCCAACCCCUCCCUCCGCCGGCUGGGCGCUGCGCAAUGGGGGUGCCACCCCCCGGACCAUCCAGCCCAUCGGCGCCCUGAACCCCUACAACAACAACUGGGCCAUCAAGGCCAAGGUGGUGUCCAAGGGCCAGAAGCGCAGGCAAGUGGACCGCCGCUUCACCAAGAACGGCGCAGCCACCAGCGUCUUCUCUGCGGAGCUGGUGGACGACCGCGGAACGAGCAUCGAGGCCACUUUCUGGCGCGAGGCGGCAGACCGCUGCUACGCCGCGCUGGAGGAGGGGCGGGUGUACACGCUGGCGCGCGGCGCCGUCAAGCCCGCCAACAAGAAGUUCUCCUCCGUGCGCAACGACUACACGCUGCACUUUGACGCCGGAGCGGAGGUGGAGCCGUGCGAGGACGACAUUGAUGUCAGCCAGAUGCAGGCCAAGCUGGACCCCGUGCCCAUCGAGCAGCUGGCGGCAUUUGCCGACAAGAAGAUGACCGUCGACCUCCUUGCCGUGGUUUCUUCGGUGGGGCCGUUGGGCAGCGUCAAGCGCAAGGUGGAUGCCGCUGAGCUGGCACGCCGCGACGUCACCCUUGUCGACCAGGGCAAGAAGACGGUGACCCUGACGCUGUGGGGGCCGACGGCUGAGGGCCUGGGCGCCGAGCUGGAAAGCAGAGCCGCUCAGCACCCCGUCCUCUCUGUCUCCGCCUGCCGCGUGUCGGCCUUCAACGGUGUGUCGGUGUCGACCCUGCACCGCAGCGUCCUGAGCGUGGACCCCGCUGGGCCUGAGGCCGACGCUCUGCGGGCCUGGUGGGCGGGCGAGGGCAGCGCGGCGCCCACCACCCACGUCGGAGAGGGCCUGAGCGGCGCAGCGGGGCGUAGCGGUGCCCAGGCCGCCUCCAACGCCAGGUUGUCCCUGGCCGACAUCCGCGAACAGGGGCCCACCUCCGCUGGGGUCAAGCCGGUGUUCAGCUCCGCCACCGCCACGGUGGCCAGCAUCAACCCGGACCAGAGCCUGUACUACGCUGCCAACCCCGAGAACAACCGCAAGGUCGUGGAGCAGGGCCCCGGCCAGUGGUACUGCGAGUACAGCGGCACCACCCUGCCCAGCAUGGUCAGGCGGUACAUCCUGCAGGCCAAGGUGGUGGAUGAGAGCGGGGAGUGCUUUGUGCAGGUGUUCAAUGACCAGGCGCAGGAGCUGCUGGGCAUGUCUGCCGACGACCUGGCCGCCCUCAAGGACGCCGAGCCAUCGCGCUUCCUGGCCACGCUCAAGGCCGCCAGCUGGAAGGACUGGGCCCUGCGGGUCAAGGCCAGUGCACAGGAGUACAACGGUGAGCAGCGGCAGCGGUUUGCGCUGGCGGAGAUCAAGCCCCUGGACUUCGCGGCGGAGAGCAGGAGGAUGCUCAGUCUGAUCUCAGGCCAAGCCUAG